AUGUCUGGCUGGGACGCGUACAUUAACACGAUGACUGAAGCGUCACCGGCGAUCAAGCGGGCUGCGAUUGUUGGAAGUGCUGAUGGCUCUAUCUGGGCUCGCACUCAGGACCCAAACACAUUUGCUGCCACUGAUGCUGAGUUGAAGAAGUUUGUGUCAUUGUUCGAUAACCUGAACGACGUCCCAGCGCAAGGUGUCGACCUCGAAGACGUUCACUACAUUGUACCACGCACUGAAGAUAACCUCAUCUUUGGCAAGAAAGACAAGAGCGGAUUCUUCGCAGCGAAGACCAAAUCCGCGGUACUGAUCGCCGUGUAUGAGGGCGAGAACCAAGUGUCAGCCCAAGUGCGUGCAUCAGUUGAGAAGCUAGCCAAGUAUCUUGAGGAGAUCGGCUAUUAG